GUAAUAUUAUUGGCACUCCUUAGUUUCAUGAUGAUGAUAAAAUUUGUGUGAGUUUGUUCCUCUUGACUUGAAAACCAAGAGAGGUAGAUAGUUACGUGCCUGGUAUGCAAAGCUAUCUAAAAAGAAAAGACUCUUCUUCCUCAAUCUCUUACAACAGCAACAAUGUUGAUCAAUCUUACACACAUUCAUGAUUCAAUCUUUGUAGAUUUUUGACGUAAAUCUUUUUUUUUUGCUUGUUGAAAUUCUUUGGUUAUCGAUCAUUUAGUCGAAUUCGUAGAAUUUUCUUCCUUGAUUCUUCUCUACAUUACAGGUCUGGUAACAAAAACAGGAUAAACUACACACUUCAAUUGAAAUUGAUCUUGAUUUUCAACCAAAAUUUGUACAAAAAAAAAAGGUGAACAUAGCGUAGUAGAGCUAAAUUAUGGCGUCCCUUACACCCGGGGUGCUACUGAAGCUACUUCAAAACAUAGAUUCCAAAGUAAAAGUUCGAGGGGAGUACAGAUCAGUCCUCCUACAGGUGAUAAGCAUUGUACCAGCCUUAAGCGGAGGCGAGUUAUGGCCUAAUCACGGCUUCUUCCUUAAGGUUUCCGACUCAUCACACUCGACGUAUGUGUCCUUAUCGAAGGAAGAUAUCGAGCUCAUCCUUAAUAACAAGUUGCAACUAGGCCAGUUUUUUUAUGUUGAUCGUUUAGAGGCAGGAACUCCGGUCCCUACUAUAGUCGGAGUUAGACCUCUCCCUGGUAGGAAUCCAUUUAUAGGUAAUCCUAAGGAUUUGAUGCAAAUUUUUGAUCCGUCUCAAGGCCCUGUUCGUGUUGAUUCUAAUAGUGUUGGAAAUGGGUCUAAGACAAGCAGGACAUCAGAGACAAAGAGUAUGAGCUCCAGAGUACAUAGGCUUGUAAUCAAAGAAGAGAAGUCUGGUGUUUCAUCGCGUUACAUGGAUGGUUUUGUGACUCAUCAUAGAGUUAGUAGCAGUGAUUCUAUUAGUAUGAAGAGUAGUGAUCCUGAGUGCUUUGGUGGUGGUAAGGUUGGAGCAUCUAAAGCUAGAGUACAUGAGUCCAAAGGUCAGUGGCAGAGUCUUCCUGCUACUCCUAACAAUAGUCGUCCAGUAACUCCUUCUCGAGCUCGACCCACGACACCUUCCCGUGUUCGUCCUACAGUUCCCUCCCGCCCUCGUCCAAUGACUCCUACUCGGACACGCCCAGAUAGUACUCUUGAAGCUAAGUUUGAGUCUGCUAGGGAGAAGUUACAAUCAAUUAAGACCACUACUAGAAAAAGUGUUUCCAAACAAGAAAACAUCAAUUUAAACUGUUCUACUAAUGGCAAAGACAAGAAUCAAACUUCAGAACAAACAUCCCCCUGGAAUUCUCUUCCUGCUAGUCUUUUGAAGCCAGGAAAGGUAAUGCUUAAGAGAAGAGAUUUAGCAUCCUUAGUUGCAGCAGAAGCUCAAAAAGAAGCAACCGCCGCAACCAUUCUUGUCAAGUGUAUUGACAUGUUUGCUGAUCUAUGUUCCUGUGCUUCACCCACAAAUCCACAUGUGUCUCUAACAAAGUUCUUCGCGCUAUACCAAGUCAUGGAUCAAUCAGGCUCCUCCAAGGAAAAACUCCUCAUAAUCCAAACAAAUUCAUCCUCACCAACCAGCAAUAAGCCUAACACAGGCAUAACAACACAACCUCUAAACCCGAAAAUCAACACAAAAAUCUCAAAACGGCCAUUAGAAUUAAGCUUGGCUGAUAAGUUAGAAUGGUCUAAAGGGCAUGGAACAACUGAAAUUAAAGACAUAAGAGAAACUCUAUUGAAAGAAACGCGAUCAUGGUUCUUGAAGUUCUUGGAUGUGGCACUCGAUACUGGUUUUCGAGUACCAGAGAUCAGGAAAAGCAAUGCAGAUCAUAGUGGAAGGAGAUCAUUGGAGCCUAAUAAUCAUAUUGCUUUGACAUUGUCACAACUUAAACAAGCCAAUGAAUGGUUGGAUAAAUUGAAAGGAAGUAUGAGUAGUAGUAAUAAUAAUACUGCACUAAGUGAUGAUAAUGAUGGAAUUUCUGAAAGAGUUGAUAAACUUAAGAAGAAAGUUUAUGCUUGUUUGCUUGUUCAUAUAGAUUCUGCUGCAUCAGCUCUUGAGAACAGAUCUGAUCAUAAUUGAUUGAGCUUGAACAUCCACAUCAGUUGUAACUUAACUUAGUUUGGAUUAACUAUUUUUUUGUUAAUUUAUGAUGAGAUUAAUUUGUUCCUAUGGACAAUAUUUUUUUAAGCCAGAGGAAUGGCUAAUUUCUGAUGUUGAAAUCUGUAAAUUAUUUUAGCAAGAAAAUUUCACUCUUUCCAACUAUGAAGUAUGGACAUCUCUUCGAGCUAA